AUGGGGAAGGUUCUUGCUGGUUUUUCUACCCCUUUGGGAAUCUGUAGCAUCACUAGAGCUGAACUUUGGGGAGUCUUAAAAGGUCUCCGGCUAGCUUUCUCCCUUUCUCCGCCAGCUAUCUCAGUUGAGAUGGACUCAAAAACUGCUUUUGAUUUGAUCACUGUGCGAUGCCCUCGGGGCCACCCUUGCUCUGAUCUGGUUAAGGACAUUCAGUACCUUGCUUCUCAAAGAUGGGCAGUAACUUUCCACUUCAUCUACAGGGAAGGAAACCGUUGUGCUGAUCACCUAGCACGCCUUGGCCACAAUUCUGUUGAAGAAGAUUUUAAUUUUACAAAUAUUCCUCGCUCUCUCUUCCCAUUUAUAAGGGAUGAUGUUAUUGGGGUUUCUUUCCCCCGAUUUAUCUUGUAG